AGACCGCCAAAAAAGUCGAGAGCAUUCUGCGGGAGAAAGGUGUAGUGCCCGCAACCAUUGCGGUACUUAACGGUGUUUGCUGUGUCGGUCUGUCCGAUGAUGAACUCGAAGAUCUGGCAAAGGCUGGAGAGGAGGAUAGAGCGAAGAAAUGUUCGACACGAGAACUGCCCAUUGUGAUGGCCAUGCAACCCCAGACGAAUAGUGGUGCUAACAAUUGGGGUGCUACCACCGUAGCGUCAACGAUGGCACUGGCAAAAUUGGCGGGAAUAUCAACAUUCGUGACUGGAGGGAUCGGUGGUGUUCACAGGAACGGGCACGUGUCGCUCGAUGUGUCGGCUGAUCUCACCGAGCUCUCACGCACGCCCGUAGUUGUAGUGUCUGCUGGUAUCAAGUCUAUCCUUGAUAUUGGGCGUACCCUGGAAGUGCUCGAAACCCUGGGGGUGCCCGCAGUUACCUACGGUGCUGAUGAAUUUCCGGCCUUUUUCACGGCCAAAUCCGGGUUUAAAGCGCCACAACGUAUGGAUAGCAGUGAUGAUAUUGCUCGGACGUACUGGGCUAGCAGAGCCCUGCAGUUACCACAUGGUAUGCUCGUGGCAGUGCCCAACUCUGACCCCGCGGGCGAUAAUGUGGAGCGAGCUAUACACGUUGCACUGGCGAAAGCUGAGGAACAGGGCGUUCAUGGACAGGGCGUGACCCCGUUUGUACUUAAGGAGGUAGCCGAGCAGACCGGCGGCGACAGUCUUCGCAGCAACAUGUCCCUGGUAUAUCAGAACGCGCGUGUAGGCGCGGAUAUCGCCAUAUCCAUCGCAAACAACACUCCCGGCGACACAACCAAGCUCAGCAGCGAGACGCAAACAAACACAGCACACGCACGCGGCGACAAAGAUAAUGUGGGCAACCCUUCGAGUGCUGAUGUGUGUACUGCCCAGUCGCGUGUUGUUGUAAUGGGCGGGAGCGUGAUUGAUCUGGUAGCCAAGCCCGUAUCCGGCACUAAGCUUCUCCACGGGACAUCGAACCUCGGACACUGCCUGGAAUGGGACGGAGGGGUGGCUCGCAAUGUGGCUGAAGUUCUCGGUCUAUUGGGCAACAAGCCAGUGCUAUAUUCCGCUGUAGGCGACGACACCAGGGGACACGCACUGAUCCAUAGAAUGAAGUAUGACUAUGGGCUUGUGGGUGCAGAUCAGUCCGUGCGGGUGGUCGAGGGCAAGCACACGGCCACGUAUGCGGCGGUUCUGGACGAGACUGGCGACCUGCACACAGCGAUAGCCGAUAUGUCUGUGCUGAGUGCAAUCACAACGCCGCCACAAGGCGCUCUGCGGGGUGCUGAGGUGUUUGUUAUGGACGCUAAUCCGGGAUUGAACACUUGUGUGGCGGCUGCUGAGAUGGCGGCUAAGGAGGGGGUUCAUGUCUUCUUCGAGCCCACGAGUGUACCCAAAGCCAGAGCGUGUGCGGAUAACAAGAAAUUUUUGGAGUGCGUUAGUUACACGUUCCCGAAUAUGGACGAGUUGGUCGCUAUGACAACGGGGGCGGGCGGUACCGAGACCUACGGUGACUGGAGAAACAACAUGCAGCUAGACGAUUUCAAGGCAGUCAAGACAGCUGCUGCGAGACUUUUAGAGCGAAUGCAUCCACAGUCAGCGCAUGUGGUGGUAACACUUGGGGUGCACGGAGUAUUGCUAGCAUCUCGUAAUAGACGCAUCACAGACACACAGCCUGAGGCGGGUAGUGUAGAGGAGACUUCGACUACGCCCGUCUUCGCACACUUCCCAGCGCAAGAAGGGGUGCAGGUGAUGAACGCCACCGGAGCGGGAGACUCGUUGUGUGGGGCGUUUAUACAUGCACUUUUGGAGGGUAAGACGGUCAACCAGGCGGUCGAGUUUGGAAUGCAAGCGGCGGUUGUGAGCCUUGGUUGUAACGAGAGGGCUAUAUCACCGGAGAUCAGGUGGAUGGGCAGAUGA